GCUCACACUGCGCCUCCACGGCUUCACUGUGGACAUAACUCCUCUCUUUACUCCUUGGUGGAGCAGAGUUCAAAUUCCUGGACAGAUCAUACAAUGAAUCUGAUGAGUGCUGUCAUUGUGUGCCUCUGUGUGUUUGGGGCUGUCAGGCUGCUCUCCCUCCCCUGGCUCUGCAGCCUGUUGGCAGGGCUGGGGCUCUGCAUGGUCCGGAAGGGUUCCUGGAGGUUCCUAUAUGUCGCUCUACGCACCAUCAAAAGAGACCUAAUGUGUCUGGUUGUUAUCGUGCGAGUCAGGUUUUCCAUGUACCGUAAUCUGAAAAAUAGAAGCACCAUUCCUGCCCUGUUCGCCCAGAUGGUGACAAAGCACCCAGACAAACCUGCUUUGAUCUACGAGGCUACAGGAGAGGUGUGGAGUUUCAGGGAGCUGCAGGAGCGAUGCCAUGCUGUGGCGCACUGGGCGCUGGCACAGGGAUGGGCCGAGGGAGACGUAGUGGCCUUGUACAUGGAGAGCCAGCCGUUGGUGGUGGCUCUAUGGUUGGGUCUGGCUAUGAUCGGCAUAGAGGCUGCGCUCAUCAACUACAACCUUCGACAGCAAUCAUUACUGCACUGUGUCAGUGUGUCUGGUGCUCGGGCUAUGGUGUUUGGGGCAGAGAUGAAGGAAGCGGUGUCAGAGGUGAGCGACUCUCUGCAGCCCGACAUGGUUUUGUUCAGCAGUGGUGAGCGUGAUGAUGAAGAGAAGCUCUGCAGCUUCAAGGUUCAGAGCCUGGACACCCUGCUGGACCGUUCGCCCAAACACCCACCACGCUACACACUCAAGAAGGAAUUCAAUGAUAGGCUUUUCUACAUCUACACUUCUGGUACAACAGGAAUGCCGAAAGCAGCUGUUGUGGUGCACAGUCGGUAUUAUCGCAUUGUUUCGUUUGGUUUCCACUCCUUUGGCUUGCGUCAUGAUGACAUCAUCUACAACUGCCUUCCCCUGUAUCACUCAGCAGGUACCAUCAUGGGUGUAGGCCAGUGUUUGCUCUUUGGUUUGACUGUUGUAGUCAGGAGGAAGUUCUCAGCCAGUCGCUUCUGGGAUGACUGUGUCAAACACAACUGCACUGUAAUUCUAUACAUAGGUGAGAUUUGCCGCUACUUGUUGGCCCAGCCUGUCCGUUCAUCUGAGGCCCAUCACCGGGUUCGUCUUGCCUUUGGUAACGGCCUCCGUCCUUCUGUGUGGGAAGAGUUUGUUCGGAGAUUCAGAAUACGACAAAUUGGAGAAUUUUAUGGUGCCACUGAGUGCAACUGCAGCCUGAUCAACAUAGACGGAAAGGUGGGGGCGUGUGGCUUCAGCAGUCGUAUCCUGCCCGGGAGCCAGGUAUGUUAGUGGGACGCAUCAACCACACUGAUCCGCUCAGGAGAUUCGACGGCUACGCUGAUCAAGAUUCCAGCAAUCAGAAAAUAGCUCACAAUGUCUUCCAGAUGGGAGACUCUGUCUACGUCUCAGGUGAUGUGCUGGUGAUGGAUGAAUAUGGCUACAUGUAUUUCAGGGACCGCAGCGGUGACACGUUUCGUUGGCGAGGGGAGAACGUUUCCACCACAGAGGUGGAGGGAGUCCUCAGCGGCCUGCUGGGACACACUGACGUAGCCAUCUAUGGAGUUUCCGUACCAGGUGUGGAGGGAAAGGCUGGUAUGGCCGCAGUAGCUCACACAGGGGGUGAGUUUGACCUCGAUGCGUUCUUGAUGGCUGUACAGAAAGCACUGCCGUCCUACGCACGCCCAGUCUUCCUCCGACUCAUGCCAUCUGUUGACACUACAGGUACCUUCAAAAUCCAGAAGGCACGGCUGCAGAGGGAAGGAUACAAGCCGCAAGACUCAAGUGAAAAGAUUUAUUUUCUGGACAGUCGUGCUGGGCGUUACGAGGCGGUUACUGACGGACUAUAUAGUGCCAUCAUGGAGGGGAGAGUAUGUUUAUGAGGCUGAGACUGUUGAAGAGGAUAGUGUGUAUAUUUCAAAAGGGAAAGAGAGAGAAAGAAAGAUGUAUU